AGGCAAAGCGAGGGAGGAGAAUGUGGCCACCUUCCGUGGCUCGGAGUACUUCUGCUACGACCUGUCGCAGAACCCCAUCCAGAGCAGCAGCGACGAGAUCACGCUGUCCUUCAAAACCUGGCAACGCAAUGGCCUGCUCCUCCACACGGGGAAAUCGGCAGACUAUGUCAACCUUGCGCUAAAAGAUGGGGCCGUAUCACUCGUCAUUAAUCUCGGUUCCGGGGCCUUUGAGGCCAUUGUCGAGCCAGUCAACGGAAAAUUCAAUGACAACGCCUGGCACGACAUCAAAGUGACACGCAACCUGAGACAGCAAUCAGGCAUUGGACACGCUAUGGUGACUAUCUCCGUUGAUGGAAUCCUCACCACCACUGGCUACACCCAGGAGGACUACACCAUGCUGGGCUCUGAUGAUUUCUUCUACGUGGGUGGUAGCCCCAGCACGGCGGACCUGCCGGGAUCUCCAGUUAGCAACAAUUUCAUGGGCUGCCUCCGAGAGGUGGUAUACAAGAACAACGACAUCCGCUUGGAACUGUCCCGUCUCGCUCGCAUCGUUGACCCCAAGAUGAAGCUCCAGGGCGACAUUGCCUUCAAGUGUGAAAAUGUGCCCACCCUUGACCCCAUCAACUUCGAGACUCCUGACUCCUACCUGGCCUUGCCAAAGUGGAACACCAAGCGCGUGGGCUCCAUCUCCUUCGACUUCCGCACGUCUGAACCCAACGGGCUGAUUCUCUUCACCCACGGGAAGCCCCAGCACCGGCGGGAUGUUAAGGGCCAGAAGAACAACAAGGUGGACUUCUUUGCUGUUGAGCUGCUGGAUGGGGGGCUAUACCUGCUGCUGGACAUGGGCUCUGGGACCAUCAAGGUCAAGGCCACACAGGCAAAGGUCAAUGAUGGGGCCUGGCACCAUGUGGACAUCCAGAGAGACGGUCGCUCAGGCAUCAUCUCAGUUAACAGCCGCCGGACACCUUUCACAGCUAGUGGUGAAAAUGAAAUCCUGGACCUGGAGGGCGAUCUUUAUCUGGGUGGUCUGCCUGACAGCCGUGUGGGUUUGGUGCUCCCCACUGAGCUCUGGACCGCGAUGCUCAACUACGGCUACGUGGGCUGCGUGCGGGAUCUGUUCAUUGACGGCCGAAGCAAAGACAUCCGGCAGAUCGCUCAGUCCCAGAACAUGACCGGCAUCAAGCCUUCCUGUAACAAGGUGAAUGGGAAACAGUGCGACAGCAAUCCCUGCAAGAACAGCGGAGUGUGCAAGGAAGGCUGGAACCGCUUCAUCUGUGACUGCACCGGGACUGGAUUCUGGGACAGUACCUGUCAGAGAGAGUCUUCGAUCCUGUCCUUUGACGGCAGCAUGUACAUGAAGGUCGUGAUGCCAAAUGUCGUGCACAGCGAGGCCGAGGACGUCUCUCUCCGAUUCAUGUCCCAGCGGGCGUUUGGUCUGCUCAUGGCCGCUACGUCCCGCGAGUCGGCAGACACGUUGCGGCUCGAGCUGGACAGCGGGAGGGUCAAACUGACUGUCAACCUAGACUGUGUCAGGAUAAACUGUAACACCAGCAAAGGCCCUGAGGUUCUUUAUGCCGGACAAAAGCUCAACGACAAUGAGUGGCACUCGGUGCGAGUGCUUCGUCGCGGUAAAACCUUCAAGCUCACAGUGGACGAUGACAUGGCGGAAGGCGAGAUGCCAGGUGACCACACCCGGCUGGAGUUCAACAACGUGGAGACGGGCAUCUUGACCGAGAGGCGAUUUGUUUCUUCUACUCCCUCGCCCUUCAUUGGGCAUCUUCAGAGCCUGAAGUUUAACGGCAUGCAGUACAUCGACAUGUGCAAGAACGGGGACAUCGACUUCUGCGAGCUCAACGCCCGCUUUGGCACGCGCUUCAUCAUCGCCGACCCGGUUACUUUCAAGACAAAGGGCAGUUACCUGGGCCUGGCUACUCUGCAGGCGUAUACCACAAUGCACCUCUUCUUUCAGUUCAAAACCACGUCGUCGGACGGAUUCAUCAUCUUCAACAGCGGAGACGGGAACGACUUCAUUGCCGUCGAAUUGGUCAAAGGGUUCAUCCACUAUGUCUUUGACCUGGGUAAUGGCCCAAGUCUGCUGAAGGGGAACAGUGACAACUCACUGAAUGAUAACCAGUGGCACAAUGUGGUCAUCACUCGCGACAUUUCCAACACACACACCCUCAAAGUGGACUCCAAGUCAGUUACGCAGAAUGUCAAUGGUGCCAAGAACCUUGACCUUAAAGGUGACCUGUUCAUCGGAGGUCUCGGACCCAACAUGUACCAGAACCUCCCAAAGCUGGUGGUUUCUCGAGAGGGCUUCCAGGGCUGUUUGGCGUCGGUUGACCUUAACGGCCGCCUGCCAGACCUCAUCAAUGACGCUCUUUUCCGUAGCGGGCAGAUCGAGCGUGGCUGUGAAGGCCCAAGUACAACUUGCCAGGACGACUCGUGCGCCAACAAUGGCGUGUGUAUCCAGCAGUGGGAGAACUUCACUUGCGACUGCUCUAUGACGUCUUACACGGGGACUCACUGCAACGACCCUGGCACCACCUACAUCUUCGGUAAAGGAGGAGGACUGAUCACGUACACGUGGCCCAACAACGAGCGGCCGAGCACGCGGACGGACCGGCUGGCAGUGGGCUUCAGCACUACCAUCAAGGACGGCAUCCUUGUCCGCAUCGACAGCGCUCCACGUCUGGGUGACUUCAUCAUGCUCCACAUUGAGGAAGGCAAAGUUGCUGUGACGUUCAACAUCGGGACAGUGGACAUCAGUGUUAAGGAGUUGAACACGCCUAUAAACGAUGGCAAAUACCACUUGGUCCGAUUCACCAGGAACGGGGGAAACGCCACCUUGCAGGUGGACAACUGGCCAGUGAAUGAGCACUUCCCCUCAGGCCGGCAACUGACAAUCUUCAACACUCAGGCCACUAUCUCCAUCGGCGGAAACGACCGGAAGCGGCCCUACCAGGGUCAGCUUUCCGGCCUCUACUACAACGGCCUCAAAGUGCUCAACAUGGCCGCCGAGGGCCACGUCAACAUCAAGGUGAACGGCAGCGUGCGCCUGGUCGGGGACGUGCCGGCCAGUCGGGGUGGGGCGCGCACCACCACCUCGGUACCGCCGGAGAUGUCCACCACCUUCAUCGAGACCACCACGACACUGUCCACCACGACCACGAGGAAACAACGCUCACCACCAACUAUUCAGACGACGGAUGACAUUGUUUCUUCGGCCGAGUGCUCCAGUGACGACGAGGACCUGGAAGAGUGCGACUCCGGACAUGCAGGAGGGGAACUAGUCAUCCCCGUGCUAGUCGAGGACCCCAUAGACAUCCCUUCUGUAUCCACCCGUUCUCCUUUCAUCCCCCUCCCCCCAACCCUUCGCCCUGUCCUCACCAUUAUUGAGACCACCAAAGAAUCCUUGGCCAUGGCCACUGAGGCGGGGGUACCUUGCUUGUCGGACCGAGGCAGCGAUGAUUGUGAUGAUGGUGAUGGUGGUGAUGAUGGUGAUGAUGAUGAUGAUGAUGGAAUGGUGAUUUCGGGGUUUGGCUCUGGCGAAGCUUUCGACUCUAGCCUGCCCCCGACUGACGAUGAAGAUUUUUACACCACCUUCUCCCUGGUAACAGAUAAGAUCUUGACCACAUCGAGCUACGAAGGUGGCUACAAAGCCAUCGCACCCAAGUGGGAGGCCAAGGACUUGAGGCCUAGCAAAGCCUCUGAGGCAGGUAGGACUACAUCCACCUCGCCUCUACCCGACCUCCAGGGCACACCAGCGGCGGCGGUCCCCUCGGACACACCACCCAAACUGCCGGCUGGGAAAAUGAACAACCGCGAGGUAAAACCCCUGCAGCCGGACAUAGUCCUGCUGCCCCUGCCAACAUCCUUCGAUGGGGACGGCACCAAACCACGGGGCCCCUUCAUCACCUCGCCCAUGCUGCGCACAGUGCCCGCAGCGUUGCCCACAGUGCCUGGCGUGGUGCGGCGGGUGCCCCCGGGGGCCUCAGAGGUGAUCCGAGAAUCCAGCAGUACCACGGGUAUGGUGGUGGGCAUCGUCUCAGCCGCUGCUCUCUGCAUCCUCAUCCUCCUCUAUGCCAUGUACAAGUACAGGAACAGGGACGAGGGUUCCUACCAGGUGGACGAGACUCGCAACUACAUCAGCAACUCGGCGCAAACGAAUGGCGCUGUGGUGAAGGAUAAAACACCCAGCGGCAGCGGCAAAGGCAGCGCCAGUAGCAAGAGACCGAAAGACAAGGACAAGGAAUAUUACGUAUAGAAAUCAAGUCAUUUCCCAACACAUAAAAAAAUGAACUCUUUGGAACAAAAUUAUGAACAUUUUGACAGUACCAUAUUGGCAACUGUGAUUAAAAAAGGAUAACAAUCUCCUGAGAACUCAAUACUUGCUGAGAAACACUUAGAAAAAUACUUUGGCUUAUAGAAGCACACUUACUAUUGUAAGCGCUAUGGAAAGACAAUGCAGUACAACAUCACCUGGGAUUCAACAUGGACCUUUUCAAGGAGUCCCUGCUGGAGACAGUUGGCAGUGUGAAUAUUAUCACUCUCAACAUCCACACGACGCCCGAGUGACUGUCGAGAGGUGUGUGUGAUCCUUGGAGUUCUGACAACCUUGUCCAUUGUAACCCUGUAAAAUACGAUCACUGUCAUUUUCAGCCAUUCUGAGCAUGCAUGUGAGGUGUAUGUGACGUGGUGCUGGCAUCUGUGUAAGUGAGGGACCUCGAGAAGCGAUGAUUGUCGGGAAAGUUGGAAGUCAAAAACAGGAUUUCACAUUGCGGUUUCAUUCAAUGUAGCUGUCACGGAUGAGGUAUGAGGUAAAGUAUGUGUACUCAAAGCUGUAUUUUUUAGUUUUUAGGGGUUUUUUUUAAUUUAUUUUCUUAUUUAUUAAGUAAUUUAUUUAGUUAUUUAAUUUAGUUUUGUUUGUUUUUUUGGAGGAUGAUGUCCAGCCUUGGUUGAGUGGGCAGUGCUCAGUGUCCGCUGAGCCGGAUGUGAUACAGUAAUGUAACUCAAUAUUUUUCUCUCCCCCCCUAACGUCUCAGUUUAGGAUUGGACUGAUAUGCAUGGCAUCCAAAUUCUAGAUGGUGUUCAAGCGUGCAAAAGUGGAACCACCAGGAAAAUUGCACAACACAUUGGUACUUUUCUGAAUUUCAAAUCUCUGAUAGCAUUUUUCCUUUCCUUUCAUUUCCUUUACAUGCAAAUAAUGCAUUAACAUAAAUUGUCUGGCAGAGAUUUAAUUACUCACAGUCUUGCAGAAGAAAAAAAAACCAUCCAGGCUAAAGACUCACUCCAACGUGAACAAGUGUGAUUCUAUCUGUUGUCACAGACGACUGUGUCAAAAACAGCAAAUGUGUUUACAUAUUUUUGUUACAUCAUAGCCGUUGUGCUUUUGCUGGUCAAUAUUGUACAGGAAAUUCAAGAUUCUGUUUUUCUCUUGUUUUGUUUUUAACUCUUUUACUUGUACAGACAGACCACUGGAUCAGAUCUUUCCUGCUGUAGCAACAAGACAAAAAACAUCAUUAUUCUUUUGCCAGCGACACCCGGAGAUAAAAAAAAAAAAAAAAAAGAAGAAGAAGAAAAAACUAUGAUGUGCACACUGGAACAUUUGUUUAGGCAGGAGCAAAUGUUGUUAGAUUAGAAGUCUAGUCUCUCUGGAUGGUGUAUCUCUUCAGUCGCAUGAAUAUUUGACCAUCGGAAGCUGUCAAGUCAAAUAGAAAACACCUCCCUCAGAUAUUGUACUAGGGACUCCUCCUUAUUCUGAAAUUACUUUCAUCAUGUUGUUUAUUUUUUUAUUGGAAAUUAUAAAAAAAAUCUGAACAAGAAAAUAAAGACAGAUUAUGUUGGAUUUGGAGAUCUA